AUGUCGAAACGAUCCGCUUCGUCGUCCACCUCCACACUCACUGCUUCUUCCCCCGGAAAGCGCACGAAAAGCAGCAUACCAGCAAAUUACUCCGAAUCCUCAUCGCUCACACCUUCAAUAGCGCCCAUUCAAGUGGUGCGUCUUUCUUCGACACAUCCAGAAUGGCCCGCUCCUCCCUCAAAGCUGCAAGAAGCUACCGAAUUCCUGCAGACAUGUGCAGCCUCACCUCCAUCAGAACGAAUCCUCCUCGUGCCAGACAAGGAUGCAGAUGGACUCUGUUCCGGCGUCACAAUGUACCGCACUCUGGUCCAUGCUCUUGGCAUCGACCCAUCCCGCAUCGACAUCCAUCUCAUGACCAAGGGCAGCAAUCCUUCGGCGGAAACACAGCGCAUUUGCAUGACCGAGUAUGGAGCCAAAUGGAUCAUUGUGCUCGAUCAAGGCUCUCGCAAUGGGCCACCUCUCGUUCCCGGCGCAGAGCACGGGUGGGGAUCUGCGCAUCCAGACACUGUGCGCACAAUGGUGGUGGACCAUCACUGGCUGCCGGAAGGCAACCCGGGUCCACAGGGUUGCCUGAUGCUCAAUGCGUGUCAUCACAAGCCGGUCGCCACCGCCUCGCUGCUCACCUGGAUUCUAUGUCGCCCUCUGUGGUCAGACGAAGAGCUCGCGCAGGUUCAAAUCGAUUACGUCGCAGUCUUAGGCACAAUGGGAGAUCUGAGCGUCAACGUCGACUGGUCCGCACCGUUCCCCGACCUCACACCUGAGGUCAGGAAAUGGACCAAAAAACGCCUCGGCUCAGCCAUCGCGCUUCUCAACGCUCCCAGACGCACACCCGACUUUGACGUCAUCACCGCCUGGUCUGCGCUCCUCGCCUCCACCUCGCCCCUCACCAUCCUUGACCCGGCUACCAACGAGAAUGCUGCACGGCUGUACGAAGCGCGGGAUGCCGUGUCGCUCGAGACGGAAAGGUGUACACACACUCCGCCCAAGUUUUCCAAGGAUGGGCGCGUAGCCGUGUUGCGCAUCACGUCAGCGUACCAGGUGCAUCCGUCGAUUGCAACCCGUUGGACCGGUUCGCUCAAGAGUAAGAACUUGCAGGUCGUCAUGUGCGCCAAUGACGGGUAUACACCUGGAAUGGUCAAUUUCAGCUGUCGGAUUGCGGCCGUGGCGAAGAAGAGGGGUGAGGAGGUCAACAUCAUCACGAUCCUGAACAGCUACGCGGAUCAAGAUGCAGAGUGGAAGAGGGAAGUGAUGGAGGCUGUGGGUGGGGACGCGUUUAAUGGACAUCCACAGGCAAGUGGUGGUAUCUUUCCGAAAGAGCAUUGGGACAAAUUUUAUGAGUUGAUGCAGGUCGGUGUGCCUCCUGACGGAUCUUCUCGAGCCGGAGGCGAAGGAGGGGCAGGGGCCAAAGUAAGCAAGACCAAGUUGCCGGCGCAAAAGAACAAUUUGCUGGCGAUGGGAUUCUCCACCUCGCCCAAGAAGAAGCCGCCGUCACAACCACAAACCGAGCAAGAUGCACCAUCUUGA